AUGCAUGAAGAGAACCGAUUCCCAACAAGGAAGAUAGCGGUUGUCGGUGGUUGCCGAGAAUACACUGGUGCACCAUACUUCUCUGCUAUUUCCGCAUUAAAAAUUGGAGCUGACUUGUCACAUGUAUUCUGUACAAAAGAUGCUGCUGUGGUUAUUAAGAGCUAUAGUCCUGAGUUAAUUGUGCACCCUAUCCUGGAAGAAUCAUACAGCGUUAGGGACGAGGAUAAGAGAUCAAUAUCAGCAAAAAUUGUUGAAGAGGUUGAUAAGUGGAUGGAAAGAUUUGAUUGCUUAGUAAUUGGUCCUGGCCUUGGAAGAGACCAUUUUCUCCUGGACUGUGUAAGCAAUAUAGUGAAGCACGCUAAGCAAUCAAAUGUCCCCAUGGUUAUAGAUGGGGAUGGACUUUUUCUCGUUACAAAUUCUCUUGAAUUGGUUAGUGGCUAUCCCUUGGCUGUCCUGACCCCCAACGUGAAUGAGUAUAAGCGCCUUGUUCAAAAAGUUUUACAGAGUGAAGUAAAUGAUCAAGAUGGAACUCAGCAAUUAUUUUCUCUAGCCAAAGGAUUAGGAGGUGUGACCAUUUUAAGGAAAGGAGCAUCGGACUUCAUCAGUAAUGGUGAAACGGGUACUUUUUUCCUAAUUCAGAUACCAUAAAAGAGAAAAUUCACCAUCCCAUUUUUCCCCUUUUUCCUUUUGUGUUGGGGAAGUAGACCAUUAUUUUGCCUUUUCUCCCAUGAUACAAAGCACACAAUGAACUCAAAAUCUUAGAUGGACUAUAAUAUCCCUCUACAUAAGAUCAUGUGGUGGAAGGUAUGUUAAAAAUCCUUAAAGCUCAGGAUUGCAACACCGAAAAUUAUAACAAAAUCAUGUGGAGAAAAGUAAAUAUCACCUUACAUAACUGUUAACAUAAAUGGCACCGGUGACAAUUUCCUUAAAAUGCAUGAUGGGAUUUUUCUUUUUCUAUUUGUUUUUUAUUUUUUUGAUGAUACGAAAAAUACUUGACGUUAACCCGAGGAUACAUGGUGACGAUGUAUGCUUCGACAUUGUCCUUCGCACACUCCUUUUUCUAUUUGUUUUAUAUGGGUUAUUUAUUUUUUACCACCAACAUAUUCUGUGGUCCCAUUGUUGAAAAAGGCAAUAUCCGUUUGUUAGUUAAUGCCAUAUAUUACAUAGUACUAUCAUAUAAUCUCAUAAAAGGAUUCAUGUCGUAUGAGUGGCAAUGUAGGUGUACCCACGUUUAUUACACAUAUUUUAUCCAUUUUUUCUGGAGUUACAUGUUGUUAUCCAUUUUUACUGGUAUGUUUAGUACAAUCUUGACAUUUGAAUUCCUCGGAUGUGGUAUGAGCAAUUUCUAUUCAUGUUACAAAAAAGUACAUGUAAUUGAUAUAAGAGCAGCUUCCCAACUACUUCAUACUACUUCAGUUGAAUUAUAUACAUAUCAUUGUUACAAACCUUAGGGUUUUGGACGUAUGAAUAUUCACAAGUGAGGAUAGCCACAUAUAUAUAGACUUAGGGCCUUAAGUAAUAUGGGCUGGGCUUAUAAUAUAUAGUUAACACCCCCCCUCAAACUCAAGGUGGAGGUGGAGGAUCCAAAGCAUUGAGUUUGAGCAAGUGAAGCCGGUGUUGCUCUCUAGUUUGUGCUUUG